AUGUCUGGGAUCAAGAGAGUGAUCGCAGAGAAGGACCCCGACUAUGAGGAGAUCACCAUCACGCAUCCCAGCAAGCGUCACAAAGCGGCCGAGCAGUCAGCUCGAGAUGUUGCUGUGCAGAAGAUUGAGACAAUUAUAAAAGAACAAUUUGCCGUCGAAAUGAAGAGUAAAGAACAUGAAAUUGAAGUUAUAGAUCAGCGCCUGAUUGAAGCAAGGAGAAUGAUGGAUAAGCUGCGCGCCUGUAUUGUGGCCAACUAUUAUGCGUCUGCUGGUCUCCUUAAAGCUGGAGAGGGGACCAGGUCAUGUGAUGCGACAAUUCUUAAUCACCCUUCGAUCAAGAAAUUCCUGGAGUCACCCUCCAGGUCGUCGUCUCCAGCUAACCAGGGCUCAGACACUCCAUCUGCCAACCACUCUGAGAGCGACUCGCUCUCUCAGCACAAUGACUUUCUCCUGGACAAAGACAACGGCAACUUGGAUGCAGAUGAGCGGCUGACAAACAGCCUGGACCAGAGACAGAGCAGAAAUACUGGCCGGGACAGUUCGAGUGUUUCAGGCUCUCAAAAACCAGGACAACGAAAUGCUGGACUGUCAAAUGAUGAAACUUCACGGCUUUAUGUGAAGAAAACAAUUGUGGUUGGCAACGUCUCCAAGUACAUUCCCCCUGACAAGAGAGAAGAAAAUGAUCAGUCGACCCAUAAAUGGAUGGUGUAUGUCCGAGGCUCUCGGAGAGAACCCAGCAUAAAUCAUUUUGUCAAGAAAGUGUGGUUUUUCCUCCAUCCGAGCUAUAAACCUAAUGACCUGGUAGAAGUGAGAGAACCUCCAUUUCACCUGACCAGGAGAGGCUGGGGAGAAUUUCCUGUCAGAGUCCAGAUACACUUCAAGGAUAGCCAGAACAAGAGGAUCGAUAUCAUACACAAUUUGAAGCUGGACAGGACCUACACGGGCCUGCAGACGCUUGGCGCAGAAACGGUAGUGGAUGUGGAGCUACAUAGGCAUUCCCUUGGCGAGGAGUACGUCUUCUCCCAGUCUUCAGAGUCCGACCUUUCCGAUGCUCCUGCAUCUUUACCCCUGCCAUUGAAUAUCCCAGCACCAGUCAAAGCUUCUUCACCAAUUAAACAGUUGCGAGACUCCAGUCCAGAUGCUUCUGUGGACAAAGGAUUCCCUGGGAAUGCUGAAACCGAAAGACAUGCCACGUUUUAUUCCCUGCCAUCUUCGAUAGAACGGACUCCCACCAAGUUAGCCACACAGAAAGUUGCCUUUGGCUCUCAUGGAAAUUCAGCUUUUCAACCCAUUGCAGCUAGCUGUAAAAUAGUGCCUCAAGGUCAGAGUCCAAGCCCUGCAGAGUCGCCAGGAAAAUCCUUCCAGCCUAUCACCAUGAGUUGCAAGAUUGUAUCAGGUUCUCCAAUAUCGACCCCUAGUCCAUCUCCGCUACCUCGUACCCCAACCUCCACUCCGGUGCACAUGAAGCAAGGCUCUGCUAGUUCAGUCAUUAAUAAUCCGUAUAUUGUUGUGGACAAGCCUGGACAGAUGGUUGGAGCAGCAGCCACAAGCACAGGGAGCCCGACCAGCAAACUGACCAGUGUUUGUCAGACCUCUCACGGAACUGGAUCUCCUGUGUCAAAGACCCAUGGGAGUGGUUUUGUCACCUCAGCUGUCAAGCAGGAGGAUUCUCUGUUUGCCACCAUGCCACCCCUUUGUCCCAUCGGGAGUCAUUCCAAGGUGCAAAGCCCCAAAUCGGUCACUGGAGGACUUGGAGCCUUUACAAAGGUGAUAAUAAAGCAGGAGCCAGGAGAGCUGCCCCAGCAACCCCAACUACCAGUGACAGGGACAACCACGCAGACCUCGGUGCAGCAAUAUGUCACUGUCAAAGGGAGCCACAUGUUAGCCUUGUCACCGCAGAAGCCAGUCGUGAGCACGGGCGAGGGGACGGUGCAGUCUAAGGUCGUUGGCAUUCCGGUUGGUUCUGCUUUGCAGUCGACAGUGAAACAAGCAGUGGCUAUAAGUGGUGGCCAGAUACUUGUGGCAAAAUCUAGCUCUUCGGUAGCAAAGGCUGUUGGUCCGAAGCAGGUUGUGACUCAAGGUGUAGCCAAAGCCAUCGUGAGCGGAGGCGGAGGGACAAUUGUUGCUCAGCCUGUGCAGACUAUAACAAAGGCGCAAGUUUCUUCCACAGGUGCUCAGAAAAGUACAUCUCAAGGCUCAGUGAUGGCUACACUGCAGUUACCAGCCACCAACCUGGCAAACUUGGCGAACUUACCACCAGGCACCAAGCUGUACCUCACCACCAACAGCAAGAAUCCUUCUGGGAAAGGAAAACUGCUUCUGAUACCCCAAGGAGCCAUACUGCGAGCCACAAAUAAUGCUAGUCUCCAAUCUGGUUCUUCUACAAAUAGUGGAGGAGGAGGAGGAGGAGGAGGAACAACCCAAAGCACAAGCAGUAACUUGUCACAACACCUCACCUAUACAUCCUACAUCCUGAAGCAGACACCCCAGGGCACCUUUCUGGUCGGCCAGCCUUCUCCUCAGAGUUCUGGGAAGCAGCUGACUCCAGCUUCAGUCGUUCAGGGCAGCGUAGGAGUUGGAGCAUCUUCCACACAAGGACAAGCACUGAAAGUGAUAACUGGACAGAAAACAGCUCUGUUUACACAGGCUGCACCCAGUGGACAGACAUCGCUGGUGAAAAUCUCAGAUGGGUCUAUAAAGUCAGUGCCUGCCUCAUCCCAGCUCUCCAAACCUGGCACCACUGUGCUGAGAGUAUCAGGAGGUGUUAUCACCACGGCUGCUGCUCCUGCCAUGACCCUGCCCACAAACGGGGUGGCCCAGCAAAUAGAUAAUGCAGGUUCCAGUUCAUCCUCUUCUGGAACUCCUGCAGCAAAGACACCUGGACAGCAACACCAAAUCUGUAUAAGCCAGAGCCAGUCUACUUCAUCAAUAGUGAAUAAGACUACCACUUCCACUGUUGUAAGUGUUGCUUCUCUGAUGACUACACCAGCACCUGUGACUGGAAAAGCUGCAGUAUCAGGGUUGCUAAAAAUCCACUCAAAUCAGUCUAGUCCACAGCAGGCUGUUCUGACAGUUCCCAGCCAGCUUAAACAGCUCGGUGUAAACACAGCUUCUGGAGGUGUUCAGACAAUACUCAUGCCUAUGAACAAAGUGAUACAGUCACUUUCUGCCAGCAAAGUUUCCACUGUUACAGCUGUCACAGCAGCAACUACGGUUGUCCCUAGUCCCUCUACAGCAUCUAUCACUAAAGUUAAGAUGGAGCCUGAUUCAACAGGACAAAACUGCGCUUCUGUGGGUACCCAGGAAGGCCAACCAGCAGUAAAAGCAGAAGAGAGCACCGAACUCGGAAAUUACGUUAUCAACAUAGAGUAUUUGGAGAACGUCCAGCAGCUUUUAACAGCGAUAGUGAAGAAGGUUCCAUUAAUUGCUGAAAAAAGUGAGGACGCAAGCUCUUUUUGUGCCAGUUCGGUGGAACAGUAUUACAGCUGGAAUAUUGGGAAGAGGAGGGCAGCCGAGUGGCAACGAGCAAUGACAGUGAGAAAGAUCCUACAAGAAAUCAUAGAGAAGCACCCCAGGUUUCACAGCAUUACGCCCCUGAAGACAAAGCACGUGGUGCACUGGUGUCGAUGCCAUGGCUACACUCCACCUGACCCGGAGACCUUGCGGAAUGAUGAGGACUCCAUUGAAGAUGUCCUGACGCAGAUAGACAGUGAGCCAGAAUGCCCUUCAUCUUACAGCAGUGGUGAGGAGCUGUGCCGAAAACUAGAGGAACUACAGCAGUUUCUGAAACGAGAACCAGAACACGAGGAGGAAGUAGAUGUUAUCAACUUCAGUGAGCCAUUAAAAAUAAACAUUAAGAAAGAACAGGAGGAGAAACAAGAGGAGAUGAAGUUCUACUUGGCUUCCCUGCCUGCAUCGGAGUUUGUGAGGGACACUGCAGAGAAGAUCGGGAUUUCUUUUCAGCCUGCUGAGGUGCAAAAGAAUGUUUAUGCAUCAGUAAUAGAAGAUAUGAUUUUAAAGGCCACUGAACAGCUUAUGAGUGAUAUCUUACGGCAAGCGCUGGCUGUGGCAUACCAGACAGCUCCUCACAACAGGACUCCAAGAGAGAUCACAGUGAUGAAUAUUCACAAAGCCAUCUGUAAUAUUCCCUUUCUUGACUUCCUCACAAACAAACAUAUGAAGAUACUAAAUGAGGAACAAUGAAAUAGAGCAGAGAAGAUGCUGCAGGAAAGGUGGAUUUAUGACUGAUGUUGGGUUGACAAAUCCAGUAUUUCUGUAGGACAUUAUUAUAUACAUUUAUAACAUUGGGCUACUAGAUUGUUACCUCCAAUUAAAGAUGCACCUUAAUGCAACAAAAUGAUGCUCUGUUCCAAAUCAAGUUGUUAAAUGUCAGUGUUUACUUGGUAAGUGUAUGUUCAGUGGCUGAACAAACAUUGUCAGUUUGCAUCGAGUUGCUAGCUGUGAGAGACUCCACAGGCCUGGUCCCUCAGACAGCCGUGCUGAUGAGAUUGAACA